GAUUUUCUGCUCCUUAGAAAAUUAUCACUUUCCACGAACAUGAUAGAGAAAAUCAGUGGUAUUAAUUCUUUGAAGAAUUUGAGAAUUUUAUCUCUAGGCCGCAAUAACAUUAAAACAUUCUCUGGUCUAGAAGCAGUAGGAGAGCAUUUGGAAGAACUAUGGAUAUCUUAUAAUCAAAUUGAAAAAAUUAAAGGUGUCAAUGUUUUAAAAGCUCUUAAAGUGCUUUAUAUGUCCAACAAUUUGGUGAAAGAUUGGGCAGAAUUCAAUCGUUUACAAGAAAUACCUCAUCUUGAAGAUCUAUUGUUUAUUAACAAUCCGAUCUGCGAGAAUGUAGAUAUAGAUGUUUGGCGCGGUCAAGUUGUUAAGAGGCUUCCUAAAUUAAAAAAACUGGACGCUAUACCAAUCGUUUAAUAUUUGGAAAUUAUGAUAUUAACAUG